AUGUCCUCCAUGCAUCCCUCCUCCUCGACUCUCUCUUCAACAUCCUCCGGGGCACCCGGCGGAGGUGGACCCCCGGCGGCGAAUGGAAGCACCGGCUCCGGGCCCCAUGCGCCGGAGCACCCCUUUCCGCAGAAUGUCGCCGGCGAGCCCUUCCCCACGGCUGGCUACCAUCUACCGCCGGGGGAUUGGUCCGGGUCAAGUGCAAACCGGUCGUCGUCCGGUGCGCCGCCAUCCUCCCGGCCAGACCCCCAUCCCCAGCAGUCGUAUCAAGCGUCGCACUAUCCCGGCUACUUGACGAUGCCCGGCGGCCCGGCAAUCAGUGCGGCAUAUGCCCCAGCCCCGGGCCCCAGUUACUCGGCCCGACUCCCCGGGGCAGAGUACGCCUUCCCCCCGGUGUUGGAGCACAAUCCCCCGAUUGGGGUCUUUGGCCCUGUUUAUGCCCCGAGUGUGCAUACCUUCGCGUCGUCAAGCCGGCCAGCCCUGACUCCGCGCGCACCACAAGCUGGCCGACAUAGCCUCACCUCUCGUGAGCGUGUCCUCCAAACCCACCGGGCAGCCAACAGCACCGGAGGCGGGGCCCCAGCCGUCAAGCCGGUCGACCCAGGGCCACCGGGCCUCGUCGGUGUCAUGCCCGAGUCCACCCCUGGAAUGGCAUCCCCGGAGGCAUCUUCACGAGUUGCAUCGGGUCGUGCUCAGUCCCCGCCAUGCGAUCUGAUACCCACAAUCUCCGUGACGCCAGUCGGCGGGCUCGCCCCGAUCGCCAGCACCGCCGGCGUGCUGGUUCCCCCCACUCCAUCCCCCACGAUGGGCACUGCCAUCGGGUCGGCCACCGCCACCACCACUGCCGGGUCUUCUGCAUCGUCCCCUUUGCCACCGGCUACCAUGGUGGCGGUGGCGGCCAUGGCGAAGCCCUCGGCCAGCGACUCGGCCGAGGCCCCCCGGUCAACAGACAGGACACUCGCUCGUGUCAAGCACCUGCCGCCGAAUGUCCCAGCGGGUCCGGUCGCUGAGGACCGGCCCCGGGCGGCGCUUGUGUCCACUCUACAAUCCCUGCCUCGCGGGGUCGUCCACCUCACCAGCCAGGGGCAGCGUCAGCUGCUGAUGGUUCCGGUGCCCGGGCCGAUGGAGUCCGGGCCUGCUGACACCGGCCGCCUAUCGUUUUGGGUAUCACUCGGGUCGAUGAUGCCACGGCUGAACCUGAGCGACGUGUGGGACGCCUUGGAUCGGCAGGACUCCAGAUGCUUGUCGCUGGUGUGGUUCGGCGUGUCGCAGCCCGAGGACAGUUCCUCCUGGCUUGCGUUGCAGUUCCGCCUUCGGCCCUUCUCCUUGCCGGUCCCCCGGAAUCAUCGGCUCUUUACUCCCUCUCGACGCGGGGCCAUUGCCCUGUCCUACUUGCCGGCUUUGGGCGGAUCUACCGGGCCCGGCGACCGGUCGCAGUCGGCCACUGAUGGGUCAUUCAACCUGUCGGACGUGCCCUUUGGGUAUAUGGGCUUCGAUCCGCAAUUGGCCUGCCAGCCGGAGGACAUCCUCUCCAAUCAGGCCAUCUCCUCCGGGUACCUGUUCACCUCGCCAGUAAAUGAUGAAAAUGGCUCCCUCGUGGUCAAGAUGGACACGCUUUUUUGCAAUGACCCAGCCGGCACGCUGGUCAACAACAUGAAUAUCCUUGCACGCGCGAUCAACGCCACUCGAGAUCAGGAGAUGAUGGUGGUCUCCCUGCGCUCAUCCUUCUUUCCGCCUCUGCCGGCGGAUGAAUUUUUCGCUCGGUCACUGCCACCACUGCAGGACUCCCAUAGUAUGGGGGAUGUCCUGCUAACUCCCUCGCCCGAGGGAAUAUCCUUCCUCGGGACGUCGGUGGAUCUCGGCAGCUCGGUCCCCCCCUCCGGCCAGCAGCAGCAGCAGCAGCAGCAGCAGCAACAACAGUACUAUCACAACCACUACCACCACCACCAGCAACAGCAGCAGCAGCAGCAACAGCAGCAGCAACAGCAACAGCAGCAGCAGGCACUCCCGGUCAUUAUUGACAUGACUGGUGCCACGCCGGGUGCCAUUUUCACAGGAGCAGAUGCCUCCGCGUCGCCGGAGCUACGUUCGCGCAAACGGACCUCAGGAUCCGGCCAUGCAUCGCCAAUGGUGUCGGCUCCGACGAAACGCCUGCGCCAUGGGUCCGAUGCAAGCACCGCCCCCUCCGUAGGCCUGUGCUCGUGCUGCGCGGCUCGCCGGGAACCGGGCGGCCCCGGCGGCUGCCAGUCUUCCUCCGGGCCCUGUGACUGUCCCCCUCCUGUGGGGGGCUGUUCUUGCUCCUCCUCCUCCUCCUCCUCCUCCUCCUCCUCCUUUGUCGUCCCCUUUUCCGAGGACACCCCUCGGGCCGAGUUAGAUGGCCCCGGUGUGCCAUUCAUCCAGCCUUCGCCGCUGUUGGUAUCCCCUCGGGCAUGGCGCCAGGCGCAACACACGGACCGGCGUCUGCCAUUGCCCUCGGCCGAACAGGUGGCCGCCAUGCGCUGCCAUCUGCCACUGCCAUGGGCCUCGGCCCCGGUGGAUGAGAUGCGCUGGCUGUCGCUCUUUCUGGCCAGCUAUGUCCCGCUGUCGACGCUGGCGUCGGUAUUUUGUUGUCCGUCGCUGGUGCCGGCGGACCGGCGCGCGGCGCCGGCUCCCGGGCUGCCGGCCGGCGCGGCCAGCUCCCGGGCACUCAUUCUCCGGGGUCUGCUGGCAGCGGCGCCGCCGCCGGAGGAAUCGGAAGAACGGCCACCGGCCGACAUCGGCCCUGGCGGUCGGCUCAUCAGUGCCCGGCUGCUGCGGACGGUGGUCCACUCGCCUCGGGAGGCUCAUCAUUUGUCGGCGGCGGCCUUCGAGUCGACUGUCUGGCGGUUGCUGCUUUUCCUGUCUUCCUAUCAGAUUUCCUUCGCCCGGGCGGACUGGCUGGUGCGCAUGAUCCAGCUGUACUCCUUCUUCGGGUCGAGUGGCCGCGUGGCGGUCGGUGAUCAGCCGGCCCCGAGUGGCGGUCCGCCGCUCCUUCGCGGCCAUACCGUGGCACUGGUGGACCACCUGCUGCAGGCGAUGGCUACCACGCCCUGGCUGGCAGCCGGGCCUGGGGGCACCCUCUCGCGGCACCAUCUCGGCAUGAUGCAAUACGCCAUGGUGCUGGUGGAGUCGGAUAGCCGGCGAUUCUUCGGCCAGCUACGCAAAACCGGUGUCCUGGCCUACUCAUCGUCGGCCUCACAGCAGGCGGUGGCCCUUUCGGUUGACUGGACCGUGUCGUUACUGUCCAAUGCAUCGAUGUUCCUGGCCAGUCUCUUCUCGGAUCAGGCCGCGCCUCUCUGUGAGACGCAGUGCAGUUUUUGGACAUACCUGAUCAAGCUGAUUUACUGGCAGCUCCAUAGCCCGGGGCUCAUCGAUGAGCGUUUCCUGCUGACCUGGCUUGUGGACCAGCUCGCCUUUGCCGUGAAUGAGCUCUUCUCAGAUGUGAGCCCCACCCCGGAGUAUGCCCGGUGGCGGGCGGCUUGGUCGCCGGAUCUCGGGACCGCCGACGUGACGGGUGGUGCCUCGGCAUCGGACGAUGCGCCGGCGGCGCCAGCGCCAGCCGCCGCCGCCCCCGCCGCCGCGGCCACGCCUGCUACUCCAGCCACCCCCUUGGAGGAUGAGCGUUUUCCCUCGGCAGCCCGGUCCUUUGGGAUCUCCUCGGAUCUGCGCUCGCCACCGAGCAACUUCGGCGGGGACGGCCUUUCCCCGGGGAAUGGAGUGCCGGACCGCCUGAACCUCGGUGCCACUGGCGCCGGGGGCUCCAUGCCGGGGGGCGAGCUGGUCGGUGGUCGGCCCGGGUCCGAGGGCUACGGAUCGCCCCUGCCCUCGGGCUUGGCUGAGUCGCAGUCUUCCCCGGUCCAGGUCCUUCCACCGGCCGAGCAUCACCAUCUCCAUCACCAUCAGCCGUCAUACCAGCCGCCGCCACCGCCGCCGCCGCAGUUUCAGAAGCCGCUGCCACAGCAGCCGCAACAGUCGCAGAAGUCGCAGCAGCAUCCGUAUCGUCAUCAUGGCCAGCACGGCCAGCACGGCCAGCACGGUCAGCACGGCCACCACCACCCCUCUCCUGGUCCUUCACACCAUGGGGUCACCCUCCCGGCGGAUGGCCCGACCAUUGAUUUGACCGCCGGAUCGCCCGGGCAUCCGGCACCCGAGGCCCCCCCGGGGGGCGCCUUCCAAUCGCCGGCGGCCGAGCCGGCCGGGCCCCACGACGACAUGUCGCCCGCCUUUACAGCGGUCCGUCGACCGGGCCUGCGCCUGGCCAUGGUGUUGCCAUUUGUCUUUCGCCUGUUGCCCUGGGUCCGGCGAUCUUCAACACACACCCGAGCCAUCCUUUCGCUCUUCAUCGACCUGCUGAAUCACCCGCUUUUCUUGCUGCUACGUGACUCCCUGGAGCCGGGGUCGCCGUUGUGCGGGAGUGCAGCCGGCCUAGCGCCAGACGUUCCUGGCGAGGGCCCGAACCCGCCGGAAGGCGUCUGGCCGGUGGGCCAUGCCGCGGCGGAUGCGGGGACCUUCGCCCCCGGCGUCACUCCCCCCCAGGCGCCUGACCCCAGGCACCGGGCGCGCCAGAAGAUCUGCGAUCUACUUGCGGUCAUUGGGUCUUGGUAUGGGCUCAUCGCGCGGGGGUUCAUCUACUUGAGCCUACACGCAUGUGACUUGAGUCUCGUGACCCCGCUGGAGUUUGGUCACCCAUCGGACUUGCCGGAGCUCAACCAAAACCAACGAGCAACCCUGCCGGGCGUUCAGCGAACGCGGGCCCUCAGCCACGCACUCACCUGGGAGCGUCUCUGGCAGGGGCUCGGCCAGCUGGGCCUGCAGUUGGUCUUGGCCGAGACCGGGCCCCACUUGCUGAAUGUGAUCACCUCCUCGACGACUGCUGUUGUUUCGUCGGUGACCAGGUCCCUGGCCCAGGGGUUCCGUUGGCCGGAACUGGCCAACGACAAGCUGAGCGCCAUCCUCAGUAUGCGGUAUCCGCCGGAGCCGGCGGGCGUUCGACGCCUGUUCGACAUGGCCGGACUGACGCAGCCCGGGGCCGGGGUCGCCCGGGCAGCCGGGGCCGGGCCAGGCGACGCAGCCCCCCGGUGCUCGAACUCCCCCGGACCGGCGGGUGCCGAUGCCCCACGGGCGCCGCCCAGUUCUCGAGCGGUGCCGGGCCCCCCCUCGAGUGGUGCGCUCCUGGAGCCGGUCAGUGCCGGGCAGCACAGUUUCCUGUCGCAACUGUCGCUGGCAGCCAUGACAUCCUCCACGCCGGUGGACCUGAUCCAGCGUCUGCGGGACAUCGCUCGAAAUGCCGGGGAGGGCCAGUUCCCGGUGGCCGUGCGGCUGCUUUGUGUCUGGUCCGGGCUGCUGUCGGUGUCCGUGAGCCCCCUGACGUCGGAGCAUACACUGAGGGUGCAGCCGCCGACCCUGGCCACCCGGGCUCCGGGGUGCCUCAUUUUUUGCGGGCUGAUGCUGCGCGAGCUGAUUGCCCACGCUGGCGAGGUGCAACAGCCCCCUGGUGGGGGGUCCUGCCAGCGAUGUGCCUACUUGGAGCAGGCGGCGCCUCGCCAGGCGGCUGGGCCGGGCCAGGCGGCGGAAUCGCCGGGCCGGGUGCCAGUUGCCCCGGUGGGUGGGCAGCUUUGUCCGGUGUGCGCGAGGCAGUUGGCCGGGCGGCGGCAGCGCCGGGCGGCCAUGGUUCAGGCGUUCCUCGAGCGCCUGCUCCAGGGGGGGUGGAUGGAAAUCCUCCCGCCGGGGUCCAUGUCGCCGCCGGUGCCGGGCUCCGGGACGUCGGUUACCCGGCUCGGGCCGCCGACCCAGCCUGGCGGCCCCCUGCGCCCCGGGGGCGGACUCUUCCAAUCGGCCCUGAGUCUGGCAUGCUUGGUGUCGGUGCUGUCGAGUAUGGGAAUAUUCUCCUGGCGCAGCUUCAUGCGGAGCCUCAUUUCCGGAGGUCUAGGCGCCCGGGGGGCGGCCGAGUGCCACGGCCCGGGCGAAAUGCCCGAUGCCACGGAUGACAGCGGUCGCACUCGGGCCCCGGGCGGCGGCGGCGGCGGCGGCGGUUCGGCCAGUGCGAUGGCCAGCACCCCGGGCGAGACUUCGCCAGGGACUCCCGCCUCCACGACCCCCCCUCCCGCCCCCGGGCUCGGGCCCGACCUGACACCCCCGCCGCGGCCCUGCUGGGCGCUCUUCUUCCUGGACAAUAUCCUGCCGGCCGAGGCGGUAGGCUGCCUGCUGGACGGGACGCCCGUGGAGCCGGCCGAGACGCAGGUGACCCUCAUGGAGCAGCGCAUGGCUCGAGGGCAGUUGGUGGCGGCUUGCUCGUGUCCCCGGGGCACGGGCCCCGACUCGGCCCUGGGGUCCGGGCAUUCGGCCGCUCUCUUUGACGCGGAGAAGUUCCCCUGCCGGCAUGCCCCGGCCCUGGUGGCGUCGACCCCGGUUGCACUGCAUCAGUAUGUGCGGCACACCAUGGCCCACCUGGAGUGGCACCUGGCCGAGCCCCAUGCCGGGCCCUUUGUCGGUGGCUGCGGGGCCCUGCACCUUGCGCUGGACCUGACGCACAGCUGCCUGAACCUGGGGCUACUGACGUCGGCCAUUGAGCUCGGCCUGACCAUCAUCAAGGUGUGCACGCAGCUUCGCACACGGCCACCCCCAGCCGUGGACCAUGCCUCGGCCAUGGGGGUUGCCUGCGACCUGGGGUUCUUGCGAGGCUACUGUCCACAGGCGGAGCCCUUCCGCGAGAUGGUCGUCGACCCGGGAGCCGCGCCGGCAGCCGAGUGGAUGCCCUUUUGUCCGCUGGUGGCCAGCCGGUCCGUCUGCCAGAUGGUCGAGGACUUGGUCGCGUCCGGGCUCUUCCCGGCAUCGCACAUCCACUCCGUGCGGGGCACGGUCCUUCAAAUGCUUCGCGACCAGUUCCAGGGCAGCCUGCAGGUCCUUUGUCCGCUGCUGAGUCGGCUGUUUUGCCUGAUCUGCUCGGAGACCGCCAGUGCGGUGCUGGCCCCGGAGGGGCUGCGCGGCGGCAACCCCGCCGGCAUCCGGCAGCUCCGCAAUGCGGUGACGGUCAUGCGGCGCACCGGGUCCGGGCGGCUGCUCCCUCCGGCCGGGCUUCCGCGGGUGUCUCUGACCCUGGAUGACUUCCGGUGUCUGUUGGCGUCCACCUCCCCGGCGCAGGGGGCGUUUGUUGCCCACGGCCCCGGGGGGCCUGGCGGGCCCGCCAAUGGCGAGGCUCAUGUCUAUGAUUUCGGCAAAGGCGCUGGCGGCGGCACUGGGAGCGGGGUUGCCGGCACCCCGACGGCCCUCCCGCCGAGUGGGUCUGGGCCGAUGCCUUUCCUGCCGGCCGGCGACCGGCGGGAGCACAUUUUCCAGGUGGUCUCCUCGAUGGUGACGCUGCUGGCGUAUUGCCCGCCGAUGGAGCUCCCACUCAUCUUCAUGGAAUCCCUGCGCUGCUUCUUGGAAACCACGGCUGCUGGGCUCUUCUCCACGCCCGAGCUGUCGUUCAUCCUGACCCGACUGGCCGAUGCGCUGGCCUCCUCGUCGGAGGACCUGGUAUGGGUCAACCCGCACCAUGGGACCUCGACAAGCAGCACCGGGCUGAGUGUCCGAGUGCCGGAGCUCCUCACCCAGUCUCUGGCCUACCUCAUCAUCGAUGAAGAUCCGGCCAUUCGCCAGACCGCCUGUGCGCUCGGGGUGAUGCUUGUCUGCCAGACUCAGCUGGCCAAUAGCGCAGCCGGGCGUCUGCUCACGGCCGAGGGGCUGGCCACGCUGGCCCUGCGCGCAGUCCGGCCCCUGGCCCAGCAUCUCCUUGCGCCGGAGGACGGGGACCCGGUGAGCUUUGUGGCGGGCAUGCUUCCCCGUCACUGGCCGCAGGCGGCUCCUUCUCCGGGUCCCGAGUCGCCUGAGUGGCCAUCUCCGGGGGGCGCCGAGACCGAGGGGAUGCCCUCGCCUAGGCUGGGCACCUGCGCAGGAGGCCCAUGUCCCGGACCGCUUGCUUGGACUGGGCUGCCGGCCGAGCUGGCCCGGCGGCUGGAUGCCCUGGCUCUGGUCACUUGUCUUCUGGUCCCGAAUUCGAUCCUCUGGUCGCGGGUCAUGGAGGCGACAAAUGUCACCGGCAAUGCCCCGACCAGCUCGGCCGGCCGGCAGUGUGACGCCUGCGCCGAGAUGCAGCGGGCGGCCGGGGCCCGGCGCCGGGCGGCUGCUGCCCACUCUUUCGGCGGCGACCCGGCCCCGGACGCCGGGCUGCACUUUGUCUCGGGCCCCGGGGAUACGUCCCACGGGGUGGACUUUCUCCGCCUGUGCGGGUCACUUGUCCGCCUGUGCGGGGGCCCGCUGGCCCUGGCGCCGCUCUUCCAGCUGGCCGGCUACACCGGCAGCGGGCCCUCCUUCCGGCCCAACAAGACCCAGCCCCCGGGGCUGAUGGGCAUUCUUUGGCUCCGGUGCCUUGCGACGGUCUUUUCGCUCCUGCGACUGUCGGGCUUCAUGGACCCGGUGGUCGGGUCCUCCCUGCGGGACUUGGCCGCGCCCUUCGGCCUGCUGGAGUCCGAGGCGGAAGAGGCCGAGGAUAAGAGCCGGCCGGUGCCGCGGCACCGGCCGGCUUAUUCGACGCGGGCACUGCUCCAUCUGAUGGUCAUGCUGCAGCUGCGCGAUUUGGCCAGCUCCAUCCUGUGUCACCUGCUCGGCGCCACGGCCUCACGCCAGGCGAUGAUGGCGCUCAUGGUCGAUGAUGGGCCUGCUGACGACCAGUCGGCCUGCCAAGCCGGCGGCGUGCCUCGCUCGCCGGUGGACUUCCCCGGCCAGCCGACCCUCUCCCGGUGGCAGGUCUUGGCCUUGAUGGCGGAUGCGGCGCCCGGGACCUUGCGACAUUCGCUGGACCUGUGCUUCCAGUUGGCGUUCCCGCCACUGGCACGGCCGUCCGGGCCACCGGUCGGACCGGCACUGGUGGUGGGCUGGAUCGGGCAUGCCCUGGCCGAGGGAAGGCCCUCGGAGGAGGCGCAGCUGGUGCUGGCCCUGGCGGACAUGCUGCUGAGCGUGUCGAUCGGGGGCCCUGAAUCGGGUGCCACGCUGGGAGGCACCGGCGUCCCCCGGGCCCUGCACGCCCAGCGAUCCAUCCCGGCCCCCGGGCGCCCGGUCAAUGGGCUCCUGGCGCAAACGGCCUCCUCCUUCUGCCCGUGGGCCAUUCUCGGGUCGGUGGUGUCGGUGCUGCAGUUGCUUCGGCUGCCGGCGCACCUGCCGGAGGGGGACCUGCAAGUGCUCUUGCAAAAGGCGGGGCCCGAGUCGGGGUCGGCGGCCACGGCGCCAGCGGCAGCCAUUCUCAGCCCGGACCCGGCGGUGCAUCACCCUCUCGGUCCCUUCCUGGGCGGGGUCCCGCCAGCUGGGGCCAGCCCGUUGGUCUUGCUGUCGCAUCUGAUCGGGCGCCUGGUCAAUCAGGGUCUGAGGCGACUGCCGCGCUUGGCGGCGCCCGGGCACUCGGCCGGCUCGGCGGCGGUCAUCGCGGCAACGGCGGCUGCCGCGGCCGCGGCCGCGGCCGCAGCCGCUGCCACCCCCGCUGCCACCGCGACGCCCGGGCCAACGGCCCCGGAGGUCGGGGCUUCGGGGCCCGGAAACAGUGCACCGGCCCCCACGGUGGCAGACCAGCUGCGCCCCGUGUCGCUGAUCCCCCUCGGUCUGGUGGCGGCCAGCUCGGUGGAUCCCUUCUGGCUGGCCUGGACCGUGCUGAGCCUGUGUCUGAGUUUGGGCUACAUGUCGGUCCUUGAGGCAUUUAUUUGCAUGGUCAUUCGCCAGUUGCAGCAGGAGGUUCGUCGAGUCCUCUUCCACUCGCGGCUGGUUCCAUCACAGAGACCGGCCCCCCCGUCGGGGGCCGCACCGGGCGCUCCAUCGAGCACUGCCCCAGGCGGGGACCCGGGUGCCAGGCCGUGCGGCGAGUCUGGCGCCGAUGGGUCGGGCGUCCCGACGCCGGUUCCUUCUCUGGCCGGAUUGCUGGCGCUGCUGGAGCUCGCCAUGGAACUCCUGCCCGAAUUCCUAUCGCAGUCCACCCUGGAGCUCCUGCUGCUCCUGCUUGGCGAGCUAUCCACGGUCAUGGAGGAGUUGGUUCUCUUUGUGGAAAUCCAGGAGCCCAUGAUCGUGGUGGCUGCGCGGGCCAUGCCACCGCAAUUCCACUGGUCCCUUUGCCCAUCUUGCCGGCAGCAGCUCCGACCCUUGCAGACGGAGCGUCUACAUUCGGCACCGGCAGUGAUGCCCUACUGGCCGAUGGACCCUCCGGCCACCGGGCCGGCUCGGCCGCCCUGCCGGUGCUCGCUUUGCCCCUCGUGCCGGGUUUGCCUGCGUCAGGGGCUCCCCUCGGAUCCGCUGCACUGUCGGUGCCUCGACUCGGACGCUUGGUUCAUCUACUCCAUCGGGACAUGCGCGACGGUCCUCCUGAAAAGUACAGCCCUCCUCUUCCAGAAGGUGAUUGCCUGUCCCCAAAAGGCCACUAUCCCGCCGGCAGCCGACACCGGCCUCCCCUCGCAGGAUAUCCUCGAUGGCUUCACAUCCAACCGGCACAUCAUGGCAUAUGGCCGGGCCCUUUUCGGGUUCCUGACUAUGCCGAUGUCCUGCAUGGACUCGAUCAAUUACAAUGUCCACACAUUUGAGGCUCUGUCGCAGACGGCGGACAGCUGUGCCUCCAGCGCGGCCUCCAUUGAUCCCCUCUUCUCGGAUGCUCUGGUGCAAUUCAACAGCGUUUAUGUGUCUCUCACGCUGCAGGAACAGUCGUCCAUCCUCUUCGGGCAUGCGGUGUCGGCCGACACUUGCCGGGCCCUGGCGAACCAAACGCCACUGGAGCACAUGCUGGCGGCAUAUCGCGCGGCGGCACAAGCGGCCGCGGCCGCGGCCGCCACAGCCGGGCCUGGAGCCCCUGCACCGGCCGGCCCGCCGGCCGUCCGCUGGCGCCUGGUUCCCCUGCUCGGGGGGAAUCGUCUUGCGCGGUUGCGCGAGACAUCGGCCCGGCGCGGAGGCAGCCACCUGUCAACCGGGCCCCGGUCCGGGAUCUACUCGCGCUACUUGCGCUUUUCCAUGGCCCUCGGCUCACUGCCGCCCAGCCCGGCGGCCGAUCGCCUGCGGGGCAGCAUUCGCCAGGGAUCCAUGGUCAUCGGGGACGUGGUGGUGCCGCCGGGGCAGCCGCGGCGGGCUCCCAUUGUCCGGCUGCUGGACCCGCGGGUGAUGAUGAACCGCCUGGCCGGGUCUUCGGAAGGCAUGUUCCCGGAGCUGGCCUCCUUCAUCGCGGGGCUUGUGUCGGACCCGAACUUCGCCGCGGUCAGUGGCAACCCCUCGAUGACCACCGCCGGGCCGGAGUCUUUCUCCCCCUGGUGGUCGCUGGUGUCGUGCUACCUGAUGCCGGAGGCGGUCUUCGAAUCGGCGGCCCUGCCAUCGGAGCGCCUGCUCAAUGGGGCCCUGCCGCCGGACAUCCUGAGCCCGCAGAAUUCCUCCCUGCCUCGGAGCGCGGGCGGCUCGCGCGGCGGGAGCCCUGGCGUCGCCGCCACCACCACCACCGCCGCCAACAGCGGCAGCAGCGGCAGCAGUAGUGCCAUUCACCGGGGCGCCUCGGUCGGCGGGGCCGGUGCCUCGGAGGUCCCUCUGUCACCGGCGGACCUGGGCGACUCGCUGGCGCUCAUUUCCCUGGAGCGGUACCAGCACUGGCGCGACUCGCCCCAAUGGCGGCCGCUGAUGUUCCCGAAUUCCGGCUUCAGCCUGGAGUAUUUCGGCGCGCGGCAUCUUCCCCUGGAGUAUGGUGCGUCCGGGUCGCCGGUGGGCAACUGCCUUCAGCGGCCGGCCCGAGCGGACCCCGGCGCCGCGCACAUCCCCCCGGCUCCGCUUGCCGAUGUGCCGGCCCCCUCGGGCCCGGGCUCGGCCGCGGGGUCGCCGCUCACCUCACCGGCCCUGGCCGGCGGUGGCGGCGGCGGGGGCCGCUCAUCGGCCGCCGGCAUGCAGACACACCCGUAUGCCCAGCAGGCCGCCGGGCAGUAUCCGGCACACGCGCCGGCCCACUACCAUCACCAUCACCCGCAUCCGCACCAGCCACAGCAUACCCAGCACCAGCACCAGUCGCAGGUCCCCUCCGCAUAUGGCGGCCCCCAGCCGGCCGCCAAGCAUUGAAAGCACAGCCUCUCGCACCUGCCACGGUGUCCUGAUGCCGAGGCUGUGACCGCGACUGUGCGCCGCCGGGAUGCGGCCGCCGCACCGUGAAAUACACCUACUUCCGUG